CGCUUAAGAAGAGCCGCAUGUCCUAUCGGUCACUUCUGAGCUCCAUAUACUUGGUUAGUUCAAGAACCUGAGAGCAUUCUUCAUUAUUUCGGUUCCGCACCAACCCAUCUUUGAACUUCACAUUUCGACUCUACACUUUCAGAGAUCAAUAUGGGAGAGGCACCAAGAAAGAAGAUCAUCGUAGCCUUGACUGGCGCGACAGGAGCUGCCAUUGGCAUUCACGUUCUCUCAACACUUCGACGACUGAAUGUUGAAACCCAUCUCAUCAUCAGCAAAUGGGCAGCUGAGACCAUAAAAUACGAAACAGACUACACGCCAGCUUCAGUGAGAGCACUAGCGGAUCACGUCUAUAACCCAAAUGACUUGGCUGCACCAAUCGCAAGCGGGUCUUGUCAUGUCGAUGGCAUGAUCGUUGUCCCCUGCUCAGUGAAAACACUAGCUGCCAUCAACGCCGGCAUUUGCGAUGACCUUAUCACUCGCGCCGCAGAUGUCUGCCUCAAAGAGAGAAGGAGACUAGUGCUGUCAUUGAGGGAAACGCCGCUGAGUGAGAUACACUUGCGGAACAUGAUGGAGGUGACAAGAGCUGGUGCUAUUAUUGCACCUCCUGUUGUGGGAUUUUACACGCGGCCAAGCUCGGUGGAUGAUAUAUUGAAUCAGAUGGUCGGGCGUUUGUUGGAUUUGUUUGGAUUGGAAGCUGGGAACUUUGAGAGGUGGGAGGGGAUGACGAAUGGGAAAUCUUGAGCGUAUGGUUUGUCGGUUUUGAUGACUUUUACAUAUGAACAAAUUAGAUAGUUUGGGGCACACAAGAUAGACGGAUUAGUAAAUUUUUCAUGAAAUAUGAAUUUCUUU